AUGGCCUGUGGAGGCAAUUCCAAGUUCUUCAUAGUUGGUAACGUAUUCCUUCUUCUGGUCCCUAUAUUGGAUUUAAUAGGUGUGGCUACACCAUUUUGGAUCUAUGGUGAGAAGAGUGGACAGAAAAUCUCUUUAGGUCUGUGGACAGUUUGUGUUUCUGAAAAUAUAUCAGGCAGCGAAGUUUCCGGAUGCGUUGAAUAUAAGGAUAUUCUAGAUUGUAUCAAAGUAGUUCGAGGAUUUGGACUGCUUGGGAUUAUCAUUUCAGCCAUUGCUUUUAUUUUUGCCCUCCUCAAAAUUUGUUUCAAGGACAGUCUCUUCGUAUUGAUCAUUGCUAUCAUCUUGUCUUUUAUAUCUGCUGUGUGCACCGUUGUGUCUAUAGCAGUUUUUGCAGAAAACUACGAUGACUUGCUAAAGGACAGCAGCUUUGUCCACUUCAGCUUUUCAUUUGCUUUAUGUGCAGUUUCCAUCGUUCUCUCGGCUAUUGCUGGGAUUUGUAUGAUCAUUGAAAUAGCAAAGAGGUCUUCGUACACAACCAUCGAUGGACGCUAAGAAA